GACGUUGUCGCCAGGUUGGCAGCUCUCGAAAAUUCCGAGCCGGGGGAUAAAUCGGGCACGUCAUAUGCGUCAGAGUGACGCUUAAACCUGCGCGUGGAAGCCAGGCAAGGACUCAAGGACCCUUUCGCUUCUUCGUGUUUAGCUUUCUCUCCCCCUAAAGAAAAAAAGACGGGUAUGUUCACGUGACGUCUACGUCACGUGUGGUGUUGCAGCAGAGCAGUCCAGCCAGCCAGCACCAGCCAGCAGUUCGCCAUUGUGAGCCGAAGCAUUGAGCAGCAGCACUCGACAAGCGCUGGUAACCGCGCGAGUCCGCAGGCGGUUUUUCUAUCGCAGCUUCCUGCCGUGAGGUAAGACAAGAAGAUGUCUUCUCCAAGCGCUGGGAAGAGGCGUAUGGAUACCGACGUCAUUAAACUCAUUGAAAGCAAGCACGAAGUCACCAUUCUCGGAGGGCUGAAUGAAUUCUGCGUCAAGUUCUACGGUCCCAAAGCGACACCUUAUGAGGGAGGCAUCUGGAAAGUCAGGGUUGACCUACCUGAGAAGUACCCUUUCAAGUCGCCAUCAAUAGGGUUCAUGAACAAGAUUUAUCACCCAAACAUCGAUGAAGUGUCUGGCACUGUGUGCUUGGACGUCAUCAACCAAGCAUGGACGGCACUUUAUGACCUGUCCAACAUCUUCGAGUCGUUCCUGCCGCAGCUGUUGACCUACCCCAACCCCAUCGACCCUCUGAAUGGCGAUGCAGCAGCCAUGUACCUGCACAAACCAGAGGAGUACAAGAAGAAAGUUCAAGAGUACGUCAAGAGGUUUGCCACGGAGGAGGCGUUGCGGGAGCAGGACAACGAGUCGUCGAGCAGCGAGAGUUCCAUGAGUGAUUUCUCGGACGACGAGACCAAAGACAUGGAGCUGUAAGACUUCGUGCGUCUGUCUGCCCGACAAAAUCCACGGACACACACACACACACACCACUCACACACAACAGAAAGCACAGAGGCCGGGAAAAGAACGAGACAAGACACGAGAGCUGCCAUUGCCUUUUUCCUUUCUCUGUCACCUCUGCCACCGGAGCGCCAUCUUCUCGCCUUCCCGACCACUCCCUCUCCUGGCCACUGCAAGUUCUCCGCAUCUGAUCGUCACCUCCACAACCACUACUGUCCUUUUCUCUUCUUGCACCUGCAUAGUUUGCAAGAGAAGGACUCGGCCGCUACCAUACAGGGAAGCAGCGCGUAUUACGCUGAAUUCAAUCCUGUGGCCGCGUGAAUUUUUUCUCCCCUACUUCUGUCUGGUUUCAACGCAACACAACGUGCCGAUGCCACCGCCUCCCUGCCAGCGAGAUGUGCCAAGACGGUGACCGUGUGGCGGGACUUUCUCUGCUCCCGGUGCAAGAAAAGUGUUGCGUCUCGUCGUCGUGUGUUUCUCGUGCGUGUGCCGCCUUGCUGUCGUCGUGGUGAUCCCUGCACCCUCCUUGCUACUGGUUUCGUCGGGUGGUGAGAGAAGUGCCAGCUGAGCUGGGGAUGUGCGUGUGUGUGUGUGUCGCGUCUCUCGCAUGGACGCGCUCGUGUCUCACUCUCGCCCCCUCUGCAUGCCUGUAGCUGUGGCAAGAGAACGUCCCGCUUCUCGAUCGGUCACUUUUAACUUGUUCGUUUUUUUUUUUUUUUUUAAUUCUCUCGCACUGUGUUCGCGCUUCUUUUAAGGGCCGCAGAUUCGGUCGAUCACUUUCGGGGAAUAUCUCGUUUGGCGUGCGCCGAUUGGCUGGGCUGGCGGAAGUGAAUGCGAGGAAAGGAGCGGUGGCACCUUUCAUUAGCGCCAUUCUCGCAUCGCAGAGGUCCUGACUGCGUCGAUAGGAUACCUGUCACGCUUAAUGUUGCGCAACGCAAAAGUUGGAAGUACCCCCGAAACGACCGGUUUGAGAAUAGGGGUUCCCGCUGUUGUGCGUGCAGUCUGUAAUGUUUUAUUGACGAGCGUUCAGCAAGAUUAGCUGUGCGGCAAUUCGAGAAGGGGAGAGCUCGUUUUAGAGAAAGCUUUCUCUUUCAGUUCUGUUGCACUGAUUGUUCUCUAUAGUCUGGCGUCUUUGUGAGCACUUUUGUCUGAUUCGUUUUCUUUCUUCGAUACUGCGUCUCAUUUUUCCCCUCAAACCAUCAAUUGACUGGUUUGCUUUCGAGCAUGAAGGCAGUUCUAUUAGCUGAGCGUGUUUGAUGCUGAAAAGUUCAGUAACGUUGUGCUUCUCUUCGUCAGUUUUUCUUUCAUUGCUGCACGAAUAUCUUGUCGUGUGAAGUUCUUCUCCAUUGCUUACACUUUUAGUUGCGUGGCCCAGAGCCCUGGUUUUUAUUCAUUUGCACAGUGUGUAAAUUGUUUUGUUUUUUUCGUCACUAUGCUGUGCGCAUGUUGUUAGCUGUUGGUCAUGCAGGGUUUCGCACGGGCCAACUUCAUUGUCAGCACUUGAGUAGAGCACAGCGUGUGUAUUCGUUGGUAGUCGUAUAAUCAAAAUGAAUCGAGGAACGACUAGCUGUUCUCCAAGGCUUUUGUAUAGCUAUGGUGUCAGUUCGUUGCUUCCAAUUUUUUUUGCUGUGCAUUAAGAGAUUGUAUGUUCAUUGCGGCAGAUGAUUUCGAAUGCAUGAUUGUGCCUUUUUGUAGCAAUUCUUUGAUCUAGCAUCACCUUGGUAUUUCUUUAACCGAGAAUGCGGUGUUCCACCCAUUGCGUUUGCAACUGGUGGGCCAGACGGUUUUCUUUCGAAUAGUUAGCUGUUUAGUCAGCGACUCUAAGCGUGAUCUUGAUACACAGUUCACAAACAUCAGAUUCGACCAAAGCGCAUCAUCAAGCGUGUCAUGCUGUUUUACCAUGGCUGGCGCACAUUGUUAGCGCCUUGGUCUCCGCUCGUCUUUCCGCUGCGAGGAAAGAGGGAGGUGUUUCUGGGAAAACGGUUCAUUCAAGCUCCAUCAUAGUCACGACCGUCCUGUCCGAACGGUCACAUGUGCACGCAUUCUUCAAAUGCCUGACCAAACGAAAUCGCGCUUCUCACCAUUUGUGAAUGUUCUUCAUCCCGGUACUCGACACACUCGCCUGGGUGAUUGAUGGGCAGAUAGAAAAGCGGCGUAUCUGCAAACAAGAGUUUUGUGCGUGUUUCUUUUUUUUUUUUGUAACUUAUUGCAAAACACAUCACACAACUCAUGCAAUGGCUCUUCAAUAAGGAACGGGAGAACAUACAGCAUGUGCUGUAGUUAUUGUUUCAUUACCACGACGCAUGACACUGAGUUCAUUGCAAAACCGGGCACUUUGUGGGGAUGGGGAACACCUUUGUGAAAGCUCUAGGGAGGAUGAUUGACGAUGUUUUUUCUUUGUGCUCGAUAGCGUCAAACAAAACAAACUGUGAUAACUUCACUAAGAGUGCCCACUUGCAGGGAAGGGAUUGCAGAGCGUGCCCUUUUUUUUUUUUUUUUUAAUUUCCUUUUACUGUCGCAAGCUGUUGGGAGUCGAGCCGAAUUGUUGUCGUUUCUUGCGUAUUGCGCAAAAGUUGGACAUUGGUACUCAGAGUCGCUGCGUAUCGGUACUUUCGUUUUUUGCUCGACUGGUGUGACGUGUCUCUUAACAGUGCAAUCUCGGAGCAGCCAGUGGAAGUGUGCAUGUGGCGGAUGCGUUGCCAGAUUUAUCCUCAUGGCAGCUGUUGGCGGACUAGCCGUAAAGAAGGUGUUUGCGUUUUAAGCAUCCGAUUUCUCGCAUGUGUUUUCGAGUAAGAAGCUGGGGAAAGUUCUGGACAAGCAAAUUUUCUAUCUGCAAGAAACAGAGCCGACAUCCCUAAACACAAGCUCUAAACAUGAUGCUGCCUGUAGCAUGCAUUAGUGUCAGCAGUAUCCUAAUGCAUGCUUUCACGAUUGAGAUGCACAGGACACGUUUACAUAAUAUUUUUGGUGUAAUGUGGCUCGCUACUGGUGAAUUUACGUUGCACCUCACAAUAACCGUGCUUUUGUCCUCGCCGAAAUUAUUUGCGUAAUUGUCAACUACAUAUAACCGAUGCUCCGUAUUGACAUAUGUUACUGCUAUGAUACGGCUUGCGCAAUUUAAAAUGUACGUACUAAAGACGAGUGAUGCCUUGUCGAAAGUGCGUUCCAUGUGGUUGCCUCUUUACACAGGAGCUUGGGAGGGGGGAACCCAUUGAUAUUGCCGUUUCAGCGAACGACUUUUUUUUUAGAACGAUCGUUCUACGCACACUGGCGUUGUGCAAACGCAAAUUUGCACAUUUCCACUGGCUGACAGCAGGCAUCUCGAAGGCAACAACUAAACAAGUCUUUCUGACGCACAGUUUGCCACGGAGGCGUGUUGGAAGCUGUCAGCAUGCUUUUGAAAGGCAGCAAUUGUUUCGUCCUUGCUUCCAUGUUGCAAGCUUGCGCUUGGAGGCCAUGUAUGUAGGAUUGGUGCACCAGUGUCGCGUGGCAAAGCUGCCACUGUUGCAGUUUUUUUUUUCCUGCCAUUACCCGCCUUGUUUCCGGAGAUUUCCUUCGGCAGUUUGCAGCAGUCAGUUUGUGAAAAAGUAGUUUGAUUUGGACCGGUCCCGCAGCACUUGUACAAUGCCAUUUUGGACCGGUUUCGGCGACAGUUUGCUUUUGUUUUUCUUUGUCUGGCAGGGGCCGUGCUUCUUGAGUAGUAUUGCCAGUGUGAACGUAUGCAUCUUAAACCAUUGCUUGUCUCAAUCACUAUAGUCUUUUUUUUUUUUGAGUAUGGAGACACCAUAGUUCUAUAUGAAUUUAUAAAUAAAGCUAUAUCCAUCUUUUUUGCAA